UUUCAUACUACAACAUUAUUUCUCUCUCUAACCUGUAAAGAGAGUAAGAGAGAGAGAAUGGAGCGUAUACUAUACGAUGCAGCAAUCAAUGGCGAUUUAACAUCACUAAACACAAUACUCAACAAAGAUCCACUCAUCUUAGAAAGAUCAUCAUCAAUCGAAUUCAACGGCAGUCCAUUACACAUAUCAUCCUCGCGUGGCCACACAACUUUCGUCCGAACCCUAAUCACCCAAAAACCAGAUCUCACCGAAAUCUCAGAUUCACAGCAACGAACUCCAUUACACUUAGCCGCAUCAAAAGGCCACAUUGAGAUCGUAAAAAUGCUGAUUCAAGCAAGCCCUAACAUGUGUCUAGCUUGUGAUCUAGACGGCCGGACUCCUCUUCACUUGGCGGCGAUGAAAGGAGAAGUUGAAGUCGUUAGAGAACUGAUUCAAGCGAGUCCGGAAGCGAGUUGGAUUAAGAUCGGAAAAUCGGGAGAAACGGUUCUUCAUCUUUGCGUUGUUCUUGAUCAAUUGAAGGUUUUUGAACUAUUAACGAUGGAGAUUCAGGAUAAAGAUGCUGUAUCUGCUCAGGAUGGAAAGGGUAAUACCGUACUUCACUUGGCUGUUAAAGAUAAACAAUUCAAGAUAAUAGAACAUCUUUUAAAAAAGUGCACAAUUAACUUGAAUGUCACCAACGAGUACUCACACACAGCUCUCGACAUUCUAUUGCAACAAAUCAAUUCUCAAGCCAAGCCCGUAGAUAUCCGGAUCAAUCAAGCACGCGACGCACUUGUGAAGGCCGGAGCCCUUAGUGGUAGUGAAGUUAUCUAUAGAGGAAAGUGGCUCAAUCGAAAACGGACAUCCCUUAUGGUAGUGGCUUCCCUAAUGGCAACCAUGGCUUUCCAAGCCGGUGUUACACCGCCAGGCGGCGUGUGGCAGAAUGACUCCGAUACUUACAAAGCCGGGGAAGCUGUGGUGGCAUUAACCUACCCCCACUCUUACAAAUACUUCCUUAGGUUUAAUACCAUUGGUUUUGUCAUGUCUUUAACCACUAUCUUGUUGUUGAUCGGUAGCUUGCCUUUUAACAAACACCCGGUUAUAAUGUGGGGCCUUGUGGUAACGAUGUGGGUGACUAUCACAUCGAUGGCAUUCACUUACGUAUUUGCUAAUGUUGUGGUGACCCCGAUAAAAGACCGGGGUCACCUUAGCAACAUGAUCAUGGUGGCGGUGAUCGUGUGGUGUGGAGUCAUGGGGUUGCUUUUCUUGUGGCAUUCGGCUCGGUUGGUUAGGAAUUGGUUGAAGAAGAAGAUUGGAGAUCGGAGCUCAGUAUCGGCUAAUUCGUAUGCCCAACGUAUUCUUAACUGUUUGAACUGUGGAAAUCGGAACUCAAUGAGUCGGUCUUUGUCCAACUAUGAUAUUAUCUAGACUCAAUUAUUGUAUAUGCUUUGUUCUUUCUCUUCCAUUUUAACAAUACAUUUGAGGUUAUCGUUUAAAAUUGUACACUAUGUUAUCUUGAUUAUCUAGUGUAUAUAUAAAUUGCAAGCUUCAAACUA